CAUAACAGCAGGAGUCACGGUGAAAAAGCAAAACAUGUCAGCCGGACGUUCCAACAAGAAAACCUGUCUGAGUGUCAGGCAACAGUUAGAGCUGGUCAAAGUAUUGGAAAAAGGUGUACCGAUAAGAGAAGUCGCCGCUAAGUACAAUCUGCACGUGAGCACAGUGUGGCGGAUCAAAAGGAGGGCGGUCGAAAUCCACCGGCUAGCCGAGCAAGAGGGAUUCGAGGAAAAGAAGAAAAUAAGGUCCGCGAAGCACGAGGUGCUGGAAGCUCGAGUGUACGCCUGGUUCCUAGAACAAAAGACAGAUGUUAUCACGAACAAGGUGCUCCGCGAGAAAGCGAUCGAGAUCAACAAGGAGAUCGGCGGCCCGUCAGACUUCAGAGGCAGCGAGGGAUGGCUGUGGCGAUUCAAACAGCGAUAUCGCAUUUCUUAUCUGACCAAUCAGAGCGAGAAUGACGCGCCGGAGAAACCGGCUGUCAAAAUCUUCCUUCGUGACUUGAAGAGGAUCAUACGAGACCGGGGCAUUGAUCCCGAGCAUCUAUACAACAUGCAGGAGACCGGGUUGACGUGGAAAUUGUUGCCGACGAGAUUGUUAGUCCACGCUGCCGAGAGAACUGUAGACGAACGGACCAUAACAAAAGAGAAAGUCACCAUAGGAUUCUGCGCCAAUGCGACCGGCACCCAUAAACUGCCUAUACUUUUUGUCAAUAAAGAUGACAGCCCGAGAGCGUUGAAGCACUGCAGAGAUCAUUUGCCCGUGGUGUACAAGUCGAGAGAAAAGGCGCGACUGGACGAGAAAGUGUUCGCGGACUGGUAUGAGAAUGAUUUUAAAAUUUCGGUUAGUAAACACCAAUCGGAAACCGGGAAAUACGGUCCGGUUCUUCUAGUCGUAGACGAUUCGAAAGCUCGCUACUUACCAGCGGAGACUGCGCGGGACGACAGGUUUGCUAUUGUGUAUCUACCGCUGGAUACUACGUCUAUUAGGCAGCCUAUGAAUGAAGGUAUAUUGAAAAACGUUAAGAAUAGCUUCCGGUGCAAAAUGCUGCGACGGAUGUUCAGUUUUAACGGGGUCGAGCAGUUUUAUGAUAAUUACGAUCUGAAAGAUUGCAUGGACAUCCUUCAUGACGCGUGGACGACCGUUACGUCAGCUAGUAUUCGAAAUUCGUGGAGUGAGAUACUUCAACGCGUUCCUGAUAUUAAUUCGAGGUUUUGGUGUAGCCGUUCGGAGAAGAUGAAUUAUUGUAUUACGCGGGAGAGUAUCGAGACGAUUACGGGGGGAAAUAUUACUGUCGAUGAGGUAGGGAACUGGAUGUCCACGUGCGCGGAGAUAGAGGACAAUAUGGAGCAAGGGACUGAUAUGGACGGAACCAUUUCACAGCUUCCUUCCGAUAAUGAAUCGUGUCUAGGUGAAAGAGAGAUGGAAAGGACUUUCAAACAAAUAAUUCUCUGGUUUAAAAAGGAACCGGAGUUCCUGCAAAUGCAGGUGCAGUGCUUGAAAAGUUAUUAUGAUAAAAUUAAAUAACGUAGUAGUGGAUUUUAGAGGUUCGGUUCUUGGAUCUGUGAAGCUAGGUUAACACGUUGAAUGCCGUGGGGGUCACCGAUGACCCACUAAAUCGAAUUACUAUAGUUUACUCAAUUAAACGAUGAUUAUUUGAAAAGAUUUCUAUAUUAUAAAUAAUGCUACCUAAUGCGGUGACAUUCAUCUAGAUGAACGUGCAGUAAUAAUUCAAUUCAAUCAAAUGAUUUGAUAUUAUAUCUUUUUCAUUUUGUGUAUUUUGAUCUAUGAAAGCGUUCAAUGUGUUAAGGGGAACAACUCAGGAUGCGACCUUUAGUUUGUAAUAUUAUUAGGAUUUUUACGUGAUUUCAUUGAAAUAGAGAAGUCUACAAAGUAAACCAGAAUUUACACGUUAGGAUAAUAAUAAUUCCAUAAAUUCUGGUACACCCUAUAGAACAGUAUUGAAUAGCAAUUAACAUAGAGUAACAGUAUUUCAAAUAAUAGCGGGCAAGUCCAAUAUUCUAUGUGAAAUGUUCCUAUGUAAAGAUGUUUCUUGUUAACUAUCCUUCACGCGAAUAAAUUAUUUUUUAUAAACUUUUAACAUAUGUAAAUAUCGUAGGGGAGUGUGUUAACGGUAAAAUAUGGUUACUUAAUUCUGGUCAAUAAAUCGUUUAAUUAUACUAGAAUUAUUUCUCUUGACUAUUUUCAACUUGUUUGUUUUCUCUCAAAUUUUUAAAUAUUUAUUCAUAGAUAAAUGAUUAUAUAAAUUAUAAUAUAUAAUUAUAUUAUAUAAUAUAUAAUUAGUAAUGUAUAUUAUAAUUAUGAUUAUUAUUAUUUAGUCUCGAGAAUUAUGGUUUGCAAAAAAAGAUAAGGUGCCUCGCAUGUUUGUUUAGAAUUUAAUGAAGUCCGUUCUCGUGUCGAUACUUUCGUUCAUUACCGUAAGCUCCUUGACUUGCUUAUGUGGCACAGCACAAUGGAGGGGAGAAAAAAAGUCGAGUUGCGCUUUUGAAGAGACACAACGGCAUUGAUAGCGCUCUGAUACUUAUCUGCGCUGGUGAAUGACGAGACACGUCGAGGGUCGGCGUUUUUUAGACCCUGUUUGAAAAUGUUUCCCAUGCAGAACGUCGUUCGUUGCUGCAAUUUUGCUGUUACAGUGAAUUUCACUGUCGCCCACGGUUAUAUGUAAAUCUAUAGGAAACGGCUAGUCAUUUUCAAUUCCGUGAACUAUUUCGUAAGAAGCAGGAUUCAAAUUUAAUACGUUCACCGAACUAAAAGUACGAUAUAACAUAGAUGCAUGGAAUUAUGGAUUAGAAAUUUCCAAAAAAUUUAAUGUGAUUAAAGGUAGAUGGAAUGAAUUACUACGAACUGUUGACAUUUGAAUUUCUGGAAGCCUGUAAAUUUUCAGAAAACUACGUUUGAAAUAUUUAAGACAGGAGCUAACGUAAUUAGGGUUGUUCUACGUAGAUGUAUUAGUAUAUUCAUAUUCCUCAGAAAAUAUAUUUAAGAAAUGCGUUUGAUGACGGUUUAUAUUAGAAUACAAGAUAUGUUUAACAUAAACAUUGUCUUUUAGAAUUCGAUUACCAACAUAUUGGGUCGUAUGUGUAAAGAAGGUGAAUAUUUAUAAGUAUUAAGUAGAAGUAAAAACAAAUGCUGAAUUUCUUAUGUAUAAUUAAUUAUACUAGCAUUUUAGCAGUAUUAGACUAGUAUUAUCUUUUACUAGUAUUAGGCAUACUUGAGAUUACAAUAGCAUUUACUUGAUAUUUUUAGUUAAUACCAAGUGUUAUACAUAUGAAUUUUAAUUUUAAUUUAUCGGAAAAUUCAGUAAAUAUUGUUUCUAGUAAAUACUUCACUCUUUAUGCAUAUAAAAUCAUUCACUUGCAAAAUCCCUAGUAAAAACUAACACUUCUUUUUAUGCAUAUGACCCACUAUUUGGCGAAACUUUGUCUGAAGUUAGCGUAGAGGAAUCAGAGAAGUAGAUACGUAUUUAUUGCACCACUAAAUUAUUUAUACGCAUGUACAUAAUUUACAUAAUAUAUUUUAUUAAAAACAAUUAUGUACCACUAUUGUGAAUUCUUUUCGUCCUCUUUCAACCAUUUAAAGUUCGUUGUAUUUCUUUUCCUUCGUCCAGUGCUCAAUACUCUACUUAAGAAUAUGAUGCAUUCCUUAGUAAUGACUUCAAUCGAUUACUCAUGAAACACUGAAUAUUCAUUUCAUCAUUUUGACUUGUUCCAAACUAAUUUCCAUGAAAUGAAACUUCGACGAAAAACGAUGAAUAUUUGAAUAUUCAAAUUUCCCUGGACAAUAUAUGAAAAUUAGAAUCGCACUAUUCUCUGACUAUUUAUGCACUUUUCGUAGAAGUAAAGUUGUAAAAGACUGAUAUGAAAGUAUAGAUGGUUAAAAAAGGAAUUUCGGCGACUGACGUUAAAAUAUCCAUGUACUAUCUGUUCAUGAAUAAUAAAAUUGGAAUAAUCUUGAUUAUCGUGACCUUUUUAUGAA